AUGCUCUGCGCAAUCUCCGGAGAGGCCCCCCAAGUGCCGGUCGUCUCUUCCAAGAGCGGCAGUGUCUUCGAGAAGCGCCUAAUCGAGGCGUAUAUUGCCGAGAAUGGCAAGGAUCCUGUGAAUGGCGAAGAGCUCACCACCGACGAUCUGAUCGAUGUCAAGUCGCAGCGCGUUGUUCGACCGCGACCUCCCACCCUGACCUCCAUUCCCUCUCUACUCAGUGUAUUCCAAGAGGAGUGGGAUGCGCUGGCUCUGGAAACAUAUACCCUACAGCAGAAUUUGGCACAAACGCGGCGCGAGCUGAGCGCUGCGCUCUAUCAGCAUGAUGCCGCCGUGCGAGUCAUUGCGCGUCUGACGAAGGAGAGAGAUGAGGCCCGUGAUGCGCUUUCGAAGGUGACCGUUGGUGCUACUCGUGCUGCAGCUGGUGGAGAGGCUAUGCAGGUAGACUCUGCUGCCUUGCCUCAGGCGGUGCUGGAGCUGAUUGAGAACACACAAGCAAGCCUCUCGAAGACUCGCCGCAAGCGUCCAGUUCCCGAAGGUUGGGCCACCACUGACUCCAUCUCGACAUACAAGCCCGCCGAGAGCUCUGAGCCUCUUUACCCUGGAAGCCGCACCAUCGCGGUCAACUCGACUGGCGAGCUGGCACUUAUUGGCGGUGCCGAUGGUGUUGUGGGUGUCUACUCUCUUUCCCAGAAGACCGUCGUACAGACUCUGAAGACGGAUGGCCCGGUGACGGAUGCUACGUGGGCCGGUGACAAGGCAGUCGUUGGAUCAGCCACUGGCUCUGUUAAGGUCUUUGAGAAUGGCAGCGAAGUGGCCACCUUUAGUGCCCAUGGUGGUGAGGUAACUGCCGUUGCAGUUCAUCCCAGUGGUAGCAUUGUCGCCUCUGUUGGCGUGGACAAGAGCUAUGUCCUCUAUGACCUGACUUCCAACACUGCGAUUACUCAAAUCUGGAGCGAUGCCGCAUUCUUGUCUGCUACAUUCCACCCUGAUGGCCAUAUUCUGGCUGCUGGCAAUGCCAAUGGGCAAGUCAAGGUCUUUGAUGUCCGGACUGGUAAUGAAGCGGCCGAUUUUGCCAUGUCUGGCCCAGUGAAAUGUCUUUUCUUCUCCGAGAACGGAACCUCUUUGGCAGCAGUGGCUGCGCAGUCCACCACCGUCUCCAUCUGGGACCUGCGAAGCUUCAAGGAAAUCAAGGUGCUGGACACCGGCAGCCAGGUCAACUCGAUCCACUGGGAUUACUCUGGUCAGUUCCUCGUGACUGGUGGCCCUAGCGGAGUGACUGUCCAGCAAUGCAACAAGUCGGCCAAGGAAUGGUCGGAGCCUCUCCGCAGUGCUGUCCCCGCUGUUUCUGUUACAUGGGGAUCUGCUGCUCAGACCAUUGUCACCAUUAACGACGCCGGUGCAGUCACCGUUCUGGCAGCAUAA